GACAACAAUAUGUUAUCGGCAGGAUUGGGAUACGGGACUCCUGGAUCUGGGACCACGCCUCCGUAUAGUCCUCCUCCGCGCCACAGUCCCCUGCCGAGUUUUGGAUUUACGCAGGAACAAGUUGCGUGCGUCUGCGAGGUUUUGCAACAAGCCGGCAAUGUGGAACGACUUGGACGAUUCCUCUGGUCUCUGCCUGCAUGUGAUAAAUUGCACAACAACGAGUCCGUGCUGAAAGCUAAGGCCAUCGUGGCCUUCCACAGAGGCAACUUCAAAGAGCUUUACAGGAUUUUGGAGAGUCACACGUUCAGCCCGCAAAACCACGCCAAACUACAAGCGCUCUGGCUGAAAGCUCACUACGUGGAAGCCGAGAGAUUAAGAGGUAGGCCUCUUGGUGCCGUCGGUAAGUACAGGGUCAGGCGGAAAUUCCCAUUGCCACGAACGAUAUGGGAUGGCGAGGAGACGAGUUAUUGUUUUAAAGAGAAGUCCAGAAGCGUUCUGAGAGAAUGGUAUUCGCACAACCCGUAUCCAAGUCCGAGGGAGAAACGAGAGUUGGCCGAAGCGACGGGACUGACAACCACCCAAGUCUCCAAUUGGUUCAAGAACCGGAGACAAAGAGACAGGGCGGCCGAACACAAAGACAGUACUCCCGGGGGAAGCGACAAACCACAUUUGGACUCCAGCGGAUCCGACAGUGAAACAGAAGGAACGCAUAAAGUGUCUUCGUACGUCCCGUCAGUGCCAGUUGGUGUUCCGCCCCAAAUCAACACGUAUCCAUCCCUUGGGGCGGCCAACAUGGGACAGCCCCUCUAUCAUGCACCUGGAGGUCUUCUCCACGAGUACCAGACAUUGUGACAGUGGUUUGGCGCGUCCAACGAUCAAAAUAGUAACGAGAGUAAUGUUUAGUGACAGACACUGCGCACUGAAUCUUCAGUGCAUUUGCUUUGUAGAGGAAAACCUUACAUUCUUCAAAAAGUGUUACGAAAGCAAUCGUAAACGUUUUUUUCAAUCGACCGAUAUCCAAACGUGUGGAAUGUAGCUCAUUUCCUUUGGGAUAUCGUUAAUUAUUACUACAUUGUAAAUAUAUAUUAAAAAAAAAAACGUAAAUAAUAAAUAAUUGUAAUUGAAUUUGUGAUAGAAUUCAAAUCUUGUAUCAUCUAAUAAUGAUUUUGUUGUACCUUUCUUUUUAUAUAUAUAUGUAUAAUUUGGACUGAUCUUCAGAUUGUUUGUUAGGAGCGAAAAGGGAUGAAGAUAUACGUGAAAUUAGUCUGUUUGUUAUGUACUUAUGUUUGUAAAUAUUAUUUAUUUCUAUUAUUAUUAUUUUUUUGAAUUUGUAUAAUAACGGCUGAAAGAAAAUUGGAACACACACACACACCGACUGCUACCUUUCUACUUGAUGCACAAAAUAUGAUAUCGAAACUAUAAGCAAUAAUGCUUUGACGGCAGCUUUUAUUUCUCUUAUUUUGUUUGUCAUGAUCGUACUGCAAUGACCUUUAUAUAAACUAUUAUUUGUAUCUUUGUAUAUUUUUUUUUUCGAAACACUUUAAUGACAUAACGUGCACCGUAAGUCGAUAUAGAGCACAUGUUUAUUUUUAUUUUUGUUUACAAAAAAAAUAAUAAU